AUGUCCAGGGAGGGACAACUUGUCCAGCGGCAGUUGGAGAAGAUUUCCCGCAAGUAUCACCCUGAAGUGGUUCUCAAACGCAACGAGGUUGGCUGGUGCGAUGCUUCUGGAACCGUAGAGGAGAUUCAGGCAAAGCUUCAGAGCAAGCAGGAGGCCAUCCUUCGUAGGGAACGUGCUUUAGCAUAUGCUGAUUCUCGCUCGCUUUGGAAGAAGGAGAAGCCUACCCAGCAACGCUCCAUGGCAUACAUUGACUGCGAGCCCGACAAGGGUGGUUGGGGGUGGAGCUGGCUGGAGCGCUGGAUGGUCGCGAGGCCGUGGGAGAAUCGUCUCAUGAUGGCGCACUAUCAGGCUGUUAACCCCAAAGCCAAACGUCAGGGAGCACUCCGUCUGUUUGAGGCUCAGUUAGUGGAGUCCAAGCCCCACCGCACUGUGGAGCUGGUGGACAUGGGCAAGUGCAAGAGCUGCGGCCGCCGUGUCCUUGUCAAGCCCUCCGUGGCACAGGCAGCCAACGCCGCAGCUGCUGCUCAGGCGUCCGCUAAUGGCACUGCGCCCUCUAAGGCAAUUCCCCACACCUGCAACAUCUGUGCCCCCACGGUUUCCUGGGCCGCCAAGUCGGAGUUCUGCCGUCCUUUUGUUGCGAUACGCAUAUCCCUGGCCGACACGAUCAUCGGGACAAUGGCUUCGUCGCGAAAGCCGCUGUCAUUAUUGAUCGCCGUCGUCGCGCUACUAAGCAUGCCUUUCGUCAGUCGCGCCAUAAGCAAGGUGGACAUGCUGCAGGAGCUGGUGGUUUACAGCGAGGACGACGCCUUCACGUUCACGGAGCUCGAAGCGCAGCAGGCGGCCAACGACGAGGAGAUCAAAGCCGCCGCCAUCGCGAACGCGUUCCACCAUCUGUACGGCUCGGAGGACUUCAGCGGCGCGGAGGACGACGAUUACGUUUUCGUUUCCUCGACGCGCGAGUCGGAAUCAAAGACAAUGGCGGUCACCGCAGCGCCAACCAUUCUGGACGCCGUGUCGCAAACCUUGUCGAAGCGGUUGAGAGGAUUUUUCGGCUGA